AUGAAAUGUGGUGAAAAGCAUGAGAAAGAUAUUGACAUUCUUGUAAGCCAGAAGUUGAGCAACAGUGUAAAGGGAUAUUCGGCAGUAUCAGUUUUGUUAGUCAAGUUUAAUGCUAAACUCACGGACUUGAGGCAGCAGGAGAGUGGUGCUGCCCCGGGACGUCCUCAGUCUGCUGGUGACUCUGAUAGAACUUCCACAACCAUGGUUACUGCUCUUGUUACUACUCCUACUGCCGUUGCUGUUGCAAUUACUGUUGCUACUGCUGUUACUGCUACUGCUUCUGAUGUUGCUACUGGUUAUGACUCCUCUCGUUGUCUCAAGUUAGGAGUAGUAGAGUUUCCGGGGUUUCUGCGUGUGCGACAAACACCACACAGCGGGCUGGAGGUGUCCGGUACAUUAACCAAAGUCCACACCAUCAUCGCUUCUGCCCUCAACACCUGCGUGGAGUACGAGGUGCCCAAGGAUGGUCUCUUUGGUAGUCAGCUCGACAACAACGGCAACUGGACUGGAGUCAUCGGUCAGGUUUCACGCAAGGAGGUGGACAUGUCGGGAGUGCCGAUGGUGCUAGACAUAAAGAGGCGGAUGGCGACAGACAGCAGUGUAUGGCUCUACAUGGAUGAGAGGGUCCUCGCCUACAAGCAACCAGUACCCGAGGCUGACCUGGCAGGCUUCCUCAAGCCUUACACCACCAUGAUGUGGUGUAUGAUUAUCUUGGCGCUGCUGGCGGUUUACGCUGCUCUUUGGUUGACUCAGUUGUUCGAGGUCCAACUCUUACCCCACACACCGGAUAGUUUUCAAGUAGAGGCCACGGCAGGACAGCUUGUGAAAAGGGAGAGCGGAACUGCGAAGAAUUCGGUAGGGCGAGGUAGGAGAGGGGAGGACGUUGUGUGGACAUCAUGUCUGUGGUCAUUGACCGCCCCUCUGGCACAGUCGUCAUCGUGGUGGCCUCGAGGUGUGAGCGUGCGGGUAGUGGCGGGCGUGUGGUUACUGAUGGCUCUGGUAUUCAGUUCCAUCUAUCGGUCUAAUCUUAAGGCCAUGUUGAUCCUGCCUCGGGUGAGUCUGCCCUUCACUAACAUGGAGGAGCUCCUGCACACCUCCAUCCCCUGCUACGUCCCUCAAGCUACUGUCCUACACGGCCUUGUUCUUGCGGCAGAGCCAGGGAGUCAACUGUACCGUCUGAGGCAACAAAUGAUUGCUCAUAGAAACGUCCGUAAAGCACGGCAAGAUACACUACGGGGGAAACAUGCUGCCUUCUCCACUCGCCUUGCUAUUCUGAGCAUCCUGCACGACACCUUCGCUCAAACAAGGUCGUGUCCUUUAUACAUGGCUUCAGCUGACGUCUUUGGGGGCACAUCAUACCAACUGGCCUUCCCCAAGGGUUCAACCCUCACACACAAACUCAACAAACUGUUGACGAGGCUGCAAGAGGCAGGUAUCCUGAAACACUUAUACCUGCAGGGUAUCCGCCACGCCAGCGGGUGUCUCAGGUCCAUGUCGGCCACUAACGCCCUCUCCUCUACCACUCUCAGGCCGCUCGAACUGGGCGACUUCUACGGGGUGUUUUCCGUGUAUGGUGGAGGAAUGUUUCUUGCUGGCCUGACCUUACUUCUGGAACUGUCAAUAGGCAGUUAUAGGCACUAACACUACUUGUGGCCAUAUUGUUGCACUCAGACAUCAACAUUAACCAUUAGUGACUAUAUUACUGCACCCAAACAUCAACAUUAACCAUUAGUGACUAUAUUACUGCACCCAAACAUCAACAUUAACCAUUAGUGACUAUAUUACUGCACCCAAACAUCAACAUUAACCAUUAGUGACUAUAUUACUGCACCCAGACAUCAUCAUUAACCAUUAGUGACUAUAUUACUGCACCCAGACAUCAACAUUAACCAUUAGUGACUAUAUUACUGCACCCAGACAUCAACAUUAACCAUUAGUGACUAUAUUACUGCACCCAGACAUCAACAUUAACCAUUAGUGACUAUAUUACUGCACCCAAACAUCAACAUUAACCAUUAGUGACUAUAUUACUGCACCCAAACAUCAACAUUAACCAUUAGUGACUAUAUUACUGCACCCAAACAUCAACAUUAACCAUUAGUGACUAUAUUAUCACACACCAAAUUGAACACCAACAUGUAACGGACAGGUCAUCACAGCAGACGUCAGCGCUAACUUCCGGCGGCCAUACUAGCGCUACACAUAAUAGUGUUCGUGGGCUGGCUGAGUUAUCAGUGAUGGGUAUUCCUUAUGUCAAAUCUCUGAAAGCAAUAUGAAUCAGCGCUGUGAAGAAACUAACCAUAUCCUCCCAUCAGUGUAGUGACGUGUGUGUGUGUGUAUGUGACUCAUUGACUGCUAUAGACAUGACACUCCUCUAAUUAUCUCAUGUAAUGGCCAAUAAAAUGAUGUUAUGAAGUCACAUCUACGGCGUUUGAUUUAUUGGUGUAGUGACGCAUGAUUAUACGUUGUGCAAUAAUUGUAUGUAAUAUAACGACACAAUAAACAA